CUAAACAACACUACAAAUUCACAUCUGGACCAUCUGCACUCACCUCAUCUCAUUUUUGUCAUCGUCCCUAGAAGAAGCUGCUAGAAAUAAAUAUGACAACUUACACUGACAAAGGUGAAAAGCACGAGCAGGGCAGGUUUGUCUGCUUUGACCACAUCACUUUCUGGGUUGGAAAUGCAAAACAGGCCGCAUCUUACUACUGUAAUAAAUUGGGUUUUGAACCCUUGGCAUAUCAAGGACUGGAGACAGGCAGUCGUGAUAUAGUGUCUCACGUUGUGAAACAGGGGAAGAUUAUUUAUGUCUUUACCUCUGCUUUGAAUCCUGGAAAUAAGGAGAUUGGGGAUCACCUGGUGAAACAUGGAGAUGGUGUUAAAGAUGUAGCGUUCACUGUAGAGAACUGUGAGUUCCUGGUGGAGAAAGCAAAAGAAAGAGGUGCCAUCAUCAAUCAAAAGCCUCAUGUUGUGGAGGAUAAGUUUGGCAGGGUGAAACUGGCAGUGGUGCAGACAUAUGGUGAUACAACUCACACAUUCAUAGAGCGGGCAGGGUAUAAUGGGCUCUUCCUCCCAGGAUAUCAACCUCCUCUUUUCUGUGACCCAUUCUUGGCAAAACUGCCAAGUGGCAAGCUUGACUUCAUUGACCAUGUGGUUGGAAAUCAGCCAGACAACGAGAUGGUGCCAAUUGUAGAAUGGUAUCAGCGGAACCUGCUGUUCCACCGAUUCUGGUCUGUUGAUGACAAGCAGUUACAGACAGAUUACAGUGCACUGCGCUCCAUAGUUGUGGCCAACUAUGAAGAAACUGUGAAAAUGCCAAUCAACGAACCUGCCAUGGGCAAGCGCAAGUCCCAGAUCCAGGAAUAUGUGGAAUAUUAUGGUGGCCCAGGAAUUCAACACAUUGCCAUGAACACCUCUGACAUCAUUACAGCAAUCCGUAACCUAAAGGAACGUGGCAUGGAGUUCAUGUCAGUGCCUGACACUUACUACCAGAAGCUCAGAGAGAAUCUGAAGCAUUCCAAGGUCAGAAUUGCUGAAGACAUCAGCAUACUGGAGGAAUUAAAAAUCUUGGUGGAUUUUGACGACAAUGGCUACCUGCUCCAGAUCUUCACCAAACCAGUGCAAGAUAGACCCACUGUGUUUCUAGAAGUCAUUCAGAGACACAAUCAUCAAGGGUUUGGUGCAGGAAAUUUCAAAUCUCUGUUUGAGGCAAUUGAAGCAGACCAGAAUGCUCGAGGAAACCUCACCAUCCUUACAGCCAACGGCACAUCAGAGAAACUCUAAAUGGGCCCUUUAGAGGAAUGACACACUAAAAUAGGCCUACACGUAUCUAAAGAUGCACAGUAAACUUAAUGUUAUAGGGUUUAAUAUAGUCAUAUUUUUGUAUGCUUAAAGGCACAGUUCAUCCAAAAAUAAAAAACUCUCAUCUUUUACUCACCCUUAUGCCAUCCUGGAUGUGUAUGACUUUCUUUUAUCUGCUGAACUUGAAUGAAGAUUUUUAGAAGAAUAUUUCAGCUCUUUUGGUCCAUACAAUCAAGUGAAUGGGUGCCAAAAUUUUGAAGCCCCAAAAAUCAAACAAGUCAGCAUUAAAGUAAUACAUAAGACUGCAGUGGUUAAAUCCAUAUCUUCAGAAGUGAUAUGAUAGGUGUGGGUAAGAAAGAGAUAACAUUUUAAGUCCUUUAUUACUAUACAUUUGCAGUCAAUCACCACUUUAACUUUCACAUUCUUCUUUUUGUGUAUUGUUGAUUCACAUGCAUAUACCAUCUACUGGACAGAGAGAAGAUUUCUAGCAAAAAUGACUUAAAUACUUAUCACCCAAACCUAUCAUAUCGCUGCUGAAGAUAAAGAUUAAAACGCUGGAGUUGUAUGGAUUACUUUUGUGCUGCCUGUAUGUGCUUUUUAGAGCGUAACAUGUUUGCCACCUGUUCAUUUGCAUUGUAUGGAUCUACAGAGCUGAAAUAUUCCUCUAAAAAUCUUAAUCUAUGUUUUGCAGAAGAAAGUCAAACACAUCUGUGAUGGCAUCAGGGUGAGUAAAUGAUGAGAGAAUUUUCAUUUUGGGUGAGCCAUUUCUUUAAAACACUCUGGAAAGCUUCUGUUAAUGCAAGCAUUGUGCCAUAAUAUUUUGUACUACAAGUUUUGUCUUUAAAUGAAUUGACCUGUUUUGAUACAAAUAUCAAUAUCUCUGAUGUAAUAAAUGGCUUUUUUCAGUG